ACAGAUACUAAGAUUAAAAGGAAAAAAUAAAAGCAAUCUAGAGGGAGUAGCGGCGCUUUGGGGGAAGAAAUCGACGAGAUGAGAGGAGCUUCAGCAAUGCUACGAUGUUUAAUUCGCCGGAGACCGUGUUUUGGUGGUCGCUCCUCUUCACUCGGCGAAACUCUAAUAGUGUCCUCGGCAGCCACCGUGGCUCUCUCCGAUAUGCCCCAACCACUUUUCAAUUCCACAAUCGCCCCCACCGUAUUUCUCAAUUUCCGAUCGCCUCACGCCUUCAAUCAUUCCCGUAACUUUUCGUCUCCAUCUUCCUCAGGUCCAUCAAAUAUUGUUUCAAUUGAGUCCGAAGAACAGUUUAAUACUUCACUUUGCAAGGUUCAAGAUGAAUCCUUGCCAGCAAUAUUCUACUUCACUGCUGUCUGGUGUGGGCCAUGUAGAUUGUUAUCUCCUAUAAUUGGGCAAUUAUCUGAGAAGUAUCCUCAUGUUACAACAUAUAAAGUUGACAUUGAUAAGGAGGGGCUUGCAAGUGCAUUGAGCAAAUUAAACAUUCAUUCAGUGCCCACAUUGCACUUCUUUCAGAAUGGAAAAAAAGCUUCUGAAGUUAUUGGCGCUGAUGUUCAAAAGUUGAAAGACACAAUGGAGGCACUCUACAAAUGAUUAAGCACAGGAGCAGCAGUGCGAUCUAGGCUUUCUAGAAAAUUUAUAGAAUUAUAGUAACCGAGUGUUGUGUUAUGCUUCAGUUUGAGUGCAUUUUAAUGAAACCCAAUGUUUGUAAAGUGGGAUCUUAGUUUUAUAUCCAAUUUCCAGAGUGAUUUGGAUACUGUCACUCAGUAUUUUUGCCCUUCAUUAUUUGACUAAAUAAAUAUUGCUAAUUUAACUUA